UAUCUAUAUACAUAAUAUCGAGUGUCUGUAUGUAUUUUACCGGAUGAAAAGUUAAAUGUCUGAGGUCAUGCGUUAAAGGACAAAACAGCCGUGCAGUAUGCACGGGUUCUCGCUAGUUGUUCAUAUUUCCGACCCUAUACAAAUGAAGUAGCGUCUAUUAGUGAACAAAAAAACUUCAUAACACUUGGAAUUCUCUAGUAACUUUCUGCAUUUAUUAAUUAUUCGUCACAUAUGAACAUUAUUAGUUAACUAUACAUUUAAACUGUUUCAUACGGCAUAUUAUCUUUCUUGUCUUUCAUAUUUGAGCGAGAUAUGUAUUUGAAAGAUAAUAAAUGAGAUACAAGAAAAUCUUUGAUACACUAUAUCGUAUUGAAGAAUUAUUUAGUCCUGCAAUGAUAACAUAAAAAAUGAACUACUAAAACAUACUAAGUAAAUUGUGAUGAAUUGUGACUAAAACGAAGUUUGAUGCAGUAGCGGAUUUAGGGAAGGUGUUGUGAGACGAUUAUACCUACUUUGAAAAUUUUGUAUGCUAGAAAAAAACUAUAUUUUACAGUUAGAAAUGUUUAUUGGAUCAUAUGAAUUCGAUAAAUGUCUUUCUGUUUCGUUCAUAAUUCAUUUAUGAGGUUUUUAUGGAUUCACCGUUAUUAAAUAGAAUAUAUCUAAAAUUGGUACUAGUACAAUUCGUCGCACGACAAUCCGUCGCGAACAAUUCGUCGGAAUCAAUUCGUCGCACGAUCAAUUCGUCGCAAUACAAUUCGUUGCACGACAAUUUGUCGCAGAGAAAGGAAAGAGUAUAUUAAUUGAAUUAAGUGAUUUCGUUUAUUUUGUUUUUCAAUUAAUCACAUAAAUGUGUAUGUUACAAUAGAAAUAAAAAUUCUGUUGGAAAAUAUAAAAAUUUUAAUUUUUUUUAUAGGAAAAUUUGAAGCGUUCCUGCAGUAGAAAUUCAAAUUUCGGUUUUUCCUAGGGCAAUUUUAAAUUCUCCUAAAUUCUAAGUUCUAUUGACACAUACUGUUUUAUAAGAUGAUCACAUCUGCAUCAUGGAUAGUAGAUUCAGUUCCAAUAAGCAAAUGAUUUAGUUGCGUAAAAAAAUUACUUAAAAAGCUCUUCUGUGACAGUGCAAAUAGUUUAUUAUUAAAUGAGACUGAAAUCGAGUCCUUUAUGGAGAGACUUCUGAGGAAAUCUUGAGGUAAGAAAUUCAAGAAGAAAUGCAGGCAAAAUUUGCUCUUUCUUGAUCUAUAUGAUUCGCUCAGUACUUUAAGAAAUAGUUUUUCCGUGAUCUGAAAAGCAGCCUAAUCCUUGAAUAAAGUAGUCUUCAAAAUUUUCGUAACGGGUGUUUAAGUUUCGAUGUUGCGAACAUUAGAGGAAUAGUUGGAUUAAAUCUGAUAACUUAAGUAUUCUUUACAAAUCACUUUUUACAAAUGACGUAUUAAGUUUUUAACAAGAUCUAUUAUCUCAAGAAAUAAAUUUUUAAAAAUUUAAAUUUAAAAAUGUAAUUUUUUAAAAAAUCCAGUUUAACAAAAAAAUAACUUUUUAAGUACAAAACUAUAUUUAUAUAACAUUUGAAUGCAAAAAAUUUAAAUUUAUUUUUAAUUAAAGUUUGUAGAAUUUUAUUUCGAGUUAAAAUUUAUUUUUAGUCCAUUUAAAUUAAAAUAAAUAAACUGUAAAUCGAAAUUUCUAUCGUUUUUUAAUAAAAAAAUACAGUCAAAAAAUACUCGUAUUAUUUUAAGUGAAAACAUUUUUGUUGAGGUGAUUAAUUGAAAAACAAAAUAAACGAAAUCACUUAAUUCAAUUAAUAUACUCUUUCCUUUCUCUGCGACGAAUUGAUCGGUCACCCUAAAAUUAACCGAUGUAGGAUAAUGAAAGAUCGUGUUUUAUAUCUCAAUGUUUCAUGAAUUAAUUCAUUUGAUUGAAAAAAAGAAAUAUCUGAAAAAAUGCAAUGUGAAAAACUCUAAUCUACAACAUGGAACUAAUUAAAAUUUUGUUCUUAGAAAAAGAAAAAAUUCUACAUAAUCAACUCUCAUCAAUGCGCAAAAAUAAUUGAAUUUUUACACAAACGAGUUAUGUCUUCUCAUAAUAACGUAAAAUUUUUUCUUAUAAAUUGUACAACUUUUCUAGUUGAACGUUGUGUAAUAUUUCGUUUCUUCUUUUUUUAAUCAAAUGAAGUAAUUGAUGAAAAAGAACCUUAGAUGCAAAAAAGCCAAGCAUUCAUAAUGUGUUACUAGUUAUUAUUCAUGUUCCCAUCGAUGUUUUAUAUGUAUUCAUAUAAAAACGAACAAAUCGAAUCUCUUUUAACACGACUAAAAGAAAAGAACAGGAUGCGUUUGUUUUGUUUGUUUUAGCUGAAAUUAUUAAUAAAAUAAUGUUAUGAUUAAUGACAUAGAACUUAUAUUGUUUCCGGAUGUUUAACAAAAAAAAAUAAUAAUAUUAUCUUAGGCAUAUACGAAAAAUCACAACCCCCUCCACCCCUUCUGGAAUUCUUGAUCCGCCGCUGGUUUAAUGGAAUUUUUUUACAAAAAUAGACUUCAAUAUCAAUAAAAAGUGUUUAAUAUAUAAAAAGAAUAUACUUUUAUAUCCAUUUUGUUUUGGAGUGAAAUAUGUAAAAAUUCGUACUUGACUUGCUGUUUAGCAUUACCCAUUACGACUCUGAUGUAAUGUACAUAAAUGAUGCAUUCAUAUUAGUAAAAAUGCUUCAUGAAAAUUUUGAAUUGUCUUUCUGUAUCUAUUCUUAGAUUUUAUCUAAUGUAAAAUAAAGAUUUGAAAUUUCUCAAAAAUAAAUGAAAUUGGACAUUAGAUUAAUUUAGAAAUCUUUGUUUUACAAAUUUCAUAAAUUUCGAAUUGAACAUAAGAAAUUAUUCACAAAUUAACAAAUAGUAAAAUUGUUAAUAGAAAAAAAUUUCAUCUUUUAUAUCACGUUCAUAUCGAAAUUUUCUUUUUUUUUGUUUUAAGGUGAAAGUGAAAAUUUAAAACGAUUACAAGGUACUUUAAAGAAUGAUGAAAAUGCAAAAGUUCGUGAAAUGGCUUAUCAAAAAGAAUUACUCGAUGAUGGAUUGAAAGUAGUCGAUAAUUUAAAAGCCACUAUCGAAACUAAACAAGCAAGUCUGAAACAAUUGACAGAAGAAUUGAAGACGAAUAAAAUCUAUUUGGAAAAUAUUCAUAAUGAAAAAAAACGAUUGAAUGAUGAAAAAAAAACUUUCAAUGGAGAACUCAGAGGAGCUAAAACUGAAUUGACCAAUGCUGAAAAUCAAAAUCGUGAAGUACGUCGAAAAUACCAAGCUCAAAAUAAUAAAGUUGAAACUCUUCGUCAAAAUGCGCAAAUGUUAAAUCAACGAAGUGAACGAUUAUCGACAAAUGCAAAGCAUAUUAAAGAAAGAUUAGAUAAUAAAACAGAACAAGUUCGUGAAAACACAACUGCAACUGAAGCUGUCCGAGGUACACUCAAUGCUCAGCGUUUACGAUAUGAAAAUGCUCAAAGAGCAAUGAAAACAUCAAAGAAUGAUUUAGUUACAUUGAAAACAAAUAUUAAAAAUGUAGAUGAAGAAAUUGUUAGAAAUGAAAAAAAAUUCAAUGAAUUAAAAGAAGAACUCAAUAGAAUGCAUGAAAAUUACGAUCAAAAUGAAGACGUGAAAGCAGCGAAUUAUAAAAGACUUGAAAGAAUUGAAAAAAACCUGACUGGAUUAAAACAACAUCAUUAUGAACUACAAAAAGAUCAUACAACAAAAAUUCAUAAUAUUGCUGAAUCAAAACAAGCCGUUGGUGUAGCAGUUAUUAACCCAAAUACAGUGAAUAAUACAAAUAAAAUAGCUAACAAAAAUACUUAA